GAUGCAUUCAUACUGAGAGGGCUCACAGAUCUUUUUUCCCCAGGCCCUAAGCAGACUCCAGACCAGAGAUGGGAUUGUCCAUCUAGGCUAUCAUCAAGACAAGGAUAAAAUACUGAGGGCUAUGAGGGAGAGAGCUGAGCCAUUGAUGAUUCUUAAUCAGCCCAUACAAAUGUUCCCAGAUCUGGCAACUGCAACCUUUAGAAAGUGAAGAGAAUAUACUAGGUGUCCACAUUUCUUAGAGAGAACCAUAUAAGAUAUGAGGAGUUUCCCAUUUAGAUUAACCUUUAGAUGGAAGAGCAGAUGUCUGUCUCAGAUCCAAAAGAGAGGACACUAGUACUUAUGGAUACAGGUGAAUCAGCUCAAGAACAAUCCGAAGGGGAUCAAGGGCGUUGGUCCCCCAGGUCACCAAGAGUCGGUGAGAUCAAAGACAGCCUAAAUAGCUUAAAAACAUGCAUCAUUAAGACAACUGAGCAGACAUGAGAGCAGAAGAAAAAGUCCAGAUCCCAAAGAACACGAUCAAUACUGCUUACUAAUGGCCAUCUCACGGACGCUUGUUAUUGGGAUCUCUCUUCUGCUCUAAGUACCAAACAGACCCUGACUGAGCUGGACCUGUCAAUGAACAACCUGGGAGACUCGGGAGUGAGGCUGCUGUGUGAGGGACUGAACCAUCCAACCUGCAAAUUGCAGAAAUUGGGGCUUUCUAACUGCCAUCUCACGGCCGUGUGUGGUGGGGAUCUCUCCUCUCUUCUCAGCACCAAACCCACCCUGAUGGAGCUCGAUAUAGGGGAGAACAACCUGGGGGAUUCAGGCGUGCAGCUGUUGUGUGAAGGACUGAAACAUCCACACAGCAAACUGCAGAAGCUGCGGUUGAUGAAUUGUGGUCUGACAGCCAGUUCCUGUGGAAAUCUCUCCUCUGUUCUCAGGGCCAAACCAACCCUGACUGAGUUGGAUCUUGCGCUGAACAACCUGGGAGAGGCAGGAGGAAUGAAGCUGCUGUGCGAGGGACUGAAACAUCCCGACUGCAAACUGCAGAAACUGAGGUUGAUGGGUUGCCAGCUCACAGCUGCUUGUUGUGAGGAUCUCUCCUCUGUUCUCAGUAUCAACCAGACUCUGACCGAGUUGGAGCUGAGGGGGAACCUCCUUAGAGAUUCAGGAGUGCAGUUGCUGUGCGAGGGACUGAAGCAUGCAAACUGCAAACUGCAGAAGCUGGGGUUGAAGAAUUUCCUUCUCACGGAUGCUUGCUGUGAGGAUCUUGCGGCUGUUCUCAGCAUCAGUGACAGCCUGACAGAGCUGGAGCUGGGUAUUGACUAUCUAAGAGAUUCCGGAGUGCAGCUGCUGUGCGAGGGACUGAAACACCCGAACUGCAAACUGCAGAAACUGGGGUUGUGGGGUUGUGAUCUCACAGCUGAUUGUUGUGGGGAUCUCUCCUCCGCUCUCAGCACUAACCAGUACUUGACAGAGCUGGAACUGGGGUAUAAUGAACUGGGAGAUGCUGGAGUGCAGCUGCUGUGUGAAGGAGUGAAGCAUCCAAACUGCAAACUGCAGAAACUAGGGUUGGAGCAUUGCAGUCUAACCGCUGCUUGUUGUGGUGAUCUCUCCUCUGCGCUAAGCAUGAACCAGCACCUGACCGAGCUAGAUAUAGGGAGAAACAAACUGGGAGAUCCAGGAGUGCAGCUGCUGUGUCAGGGACUGAAACAUCCCAACUGCAAACUACACAAAAUAAGCUUGGGCUAUCAGAGUGUAACUGAAGAAACACAGGCAGAGCUGGAUGCUGUGAAAGACACAAAACCUGAUCUGGUCAUAGAGAUAUGGUAGGGCUGGUGAGCGAGAGCCACUGAACCAGCAAGGCUCUGACCUGGCUGCCCUGCCACUAGCUGAGGAAGCAGGCUGUGGGGAGGGGGAACCCUGCCCCUUUUAAGGAGGACCCCAGCAACAUAUUUCAGCAUCUGUGGCAGGGGGCUGAGUAGAGAUUGUCAGGCCCAGCCCUCCUGCCUGAGGGUGAGAGGCUCAGCAGUAGGAGCUGGAUUUGCUCCAUGCUUGGUCUGACCUCGGAGGGGGUAGUUGGUUUGUGGGGGGAGGGAGUGGGAGGGAGGAUGCAGUUCAGGGCCCAAGCGAGGGAUGUGGGAUCAUGGGAGAUCUGAUAACCUCCCUUUUCAGUCUCUCUACGUGCAGGAGGGAGACUCAAGAACCAUCCUCGGAUCCAGAGGGGAAUUGUCACUCUGUUACAACAGCUCAGUCACUGUUGUUUGUGUAUUUAUAAUAUUGUAGUUUUACACAAUUCCACAGCAACUAAGCCGGCAUUUUCCAUAUUACAUCUCCAGUGUUUUUGUCCUGGAUGUACAUUUCUGUGUCAGUUUUGUUGAGUCCAAUAAAG